AUGAAACCUGGACUCACUGUGUGGUAUUGUAUUAUCUGUUUGUUCACAGAAUCCCAUCUGAUAACAGCAGAUCCGUGCCUUUCCUACGAGGAGUUCCAAGUGGAUUAUAGACGAUCACCAGGCCACAUAGAAGAUGUGUACGAAGAAGGUCUCUGUGACGUUCUAGUCCGUGAGAAUUGGUACCGAUUUGUCGGGGAAGCUGAUGGUGACCUGACUAAUGACAUAAACGCUGUGAAAUCAAACGGCUGUGGUACCUUCUACCCACUCUGGAUGGAUGGUCAGAUUCCUGAAGUCACUGAGGGGAUUGUAGACAGAAAAGUUUGUAUGAAGUCCGUCUUUUCUUCGUGUCACACGUCAUUCACUAUUCAGGUGAAGAACUGCUGUACGUACAUCGUGUAUUACCUCCAAAGUGCAUCAGCCUGUCCAUCUUCCUACUGCGUUAGUCCGUCCCAUGUCAACGGUAGUGACUGUUCUAACCAUACACUCCAUACAACAACAGUGACGUCACCGGUAGAGAAGACAACCACCAGAACGAUAUCUCGGACUACAAACACGACCACAGAUAGAACUGCUGAACUGACUACUGUCAGAGAAACAUCACCCCAGACAACGUUAGUGACAUCUAGUGUGAAGACACGAACCACUACCGAGGCAGCUUUCGAUCCGUGCCUUUCCUACGAGGAGUUCCAAGUGGAUUAUAGACGAUCACCAGGCCACAUAGAAGAUGUGUACGAAGAAGGUCUCUGUGACGUUCUAGUUCGUGAGAAUUGGUACCGAUUUGUCGGGGAAGCUGAUGGUGACCUGACUACUGACAUAAACGCUGUGAAAUCCAACGGCUGUGGUACCUUCUACCCUCUCUGGAUGGAUGGCGAGAUUCCUGACAUUGCUGAGGGGAUUGUAGACAGAAAAGUUUGUACGAAGUCCGUCUUCUCUUCAUGUCACAAUUCAUUCACUAUUCAGGUGAAAAAUUGCUGCUCAUACAGAGUGUAUUACCUCCAAAGUGCAUCAAGCUGUCCAUGUUCUUACUGCGUUAGUCCCUCCUAUAUCAACGGUAGUGACUGUUCUAACCAUACACUCCAUACAACAACAAUGACGUCACCGGUAGAGAAGACAACCACAAGAACGAUAUCUCGGACAACAAACACGACCACAGAUAGAACAGCUGAACUGACUACUGUCAGAGAGACCUCACCCCAGACAACGUUAGUGACAUCUAGUGUGAAGACACGAACCACUACUGAGACAGAAUCAGAAAUUCAAAUAGACCGGCCAUUUGCAGAUUUGAACAUAUAUAUGAUUAUUCUCAUUGGACUGGUGUCGAUCGUCUUGAUGGCAUUGACAACUUUAAUUUUCAUCAGAUAUGUGUUCUCCUCCAAAACCUCCAAACUGAUUUACCAAUCGAAUCCAGAUGUGAGAAGAAACGUGAAAGACAUGGAACGAUUGAUCAUUGUGUGUGCCGUUUGCAUAAUCUUACCUGGCAGAGUGGCUUCAGAUCCCUGUACAACGUACGAGAAUUUCACAGCCGACUCUACACGAUCGCCAAGUCACAUUGAGUCUGUUUACGCUAACAAGAACUGUGAUGCUGUCCUGACCACUAAGUGGUACAGAUUGGUAGGGGAUGCAGGGACUGACCUGACCAAUGAUAGUGAUCUUCUAGUCACUGACGGAUGCGGGACAACUUACCAGCUAUGGAUGAAUGGCUCUUUACCAGAUGAAUCGGAUGGAACUGUAAAUGUCCAAAUAUGUAUGAAGUCAGUCUUCUCAAUCUGUCACAGCAGCUUCACUAUCCAAGUGAAAAACUGCUGUUCUUUCUGUGUUUAUCAUCUCCAGAGCGCAACAAAUUGUCCUCAGGCAUACUGCGUCAGUCCCAGACUUGUUCCAUCUGAUAACUGUCCCGCAUCAACCACUACAUCAUCAUCUGGGGUCACCACUACCAGUGGUUUGAGCACAACCAAGACGACCAGCAUCUCCACAACAACCAAAUCGUCAUCAACAAGCAAAAUAGCUACUGGUGACCUGCAUAUGACUAUCGUGAACACAAUUGACCCUCAGGUCAUCAUCAUCGUAGUUCUCCUGUUGGUAGUCAUCGUGGUGAUAAUGAUCGGAAUUUUCAUAUACAAAUGUCACAAGUCUAGCAAGGUGUCUGCAGACCGUGCGACGUACUUAACCCCGGUUCUGUAUCAACCACAACAGCAUGGAUACAUAGACGCGUCUAGUCCGGGGCCUAAUGUGGAAAAAGAUGAGACUGCCACUCUCGAUAUGUAA